AUGGUUCGACUCCCAGAAAUCUCCCAGAUCAUCACACAACACAUACACUGGAGCUCCUUGUAUCUUUCAAGAAAAGAUACAAACAACUUCAGUCACGCGGUCGACUGCCAGUCUUCGAGGAUGGGCUGCUGUUGCUCCAAGAGCAACGCCGACCCCAAAGGCAAGGGGAAGGCCAAGGCCGUGAUGGUGGAGACCAUCACGGAGAAGAAGCGGGUCGUGUACGACCCAAGCUCGGACUCGGGCGAGAUGCCCGCCGAGGAGUUUUGGCCGCCCGCCGGCGAGGCCGGGCCUUCCGACUGGAGGGAGGCCCGAAGGAGGGAGAGGCGGCGGGUCCUGGAACAGGCCAACCGCCGCAAGCAGAACAAGAGCUCCCAGUACUAA